AUGGGCAUCGAUUUCACCGUCUUCAAGGGCUCCGCGGCGGGGGACAUCGUCCAGGCCACGGGCCACCGCGAUCCCGGCCCAACCGAGGCCAUCGUCAAGCUGUCCCACUGCGGCGUCUGCGGAACCGACGAGCUCUACCGUCACACCGAUAUGGGCCUUGGCCACGAGGGCAUCGGAGUCAUUGUCGAGGUCGGUUCGGCCGUCGAGUCCGUCUCGAGCUUUCGCGUCGGCGACCGCGUGGGCAUGGGCUGGUUUCACAAGUUUUGCGGGCAGUGCAAGUCCUGCCUGACUGGCCGCCAGAACGAAUGCCCCAACUCCACGGCCUUCGGCUCCGCCGACACAGACCAGGGCUGCUUCGGCACCGCCGUCGCCUGGGACGUCUCAGCCCUCUUCAAAAUCCCGGACGAGAUCGCCUCCGAGGACGCGGGACCGCUCAUUUGCGGCGGCGCGACCGUCUGGAGCCCGCUCUAUACCGCCGGCCUGCGUGCGGGGGACCGCGUCGGCAUCGUCGGCGUCGGCGGGCUGGGCCACCUUGCCAUCCAGUUCGCGUCCAAGAUGGGCCUCGAGGCCGUUGUCUUCUCCAGCUCGGCGGACAAGCGGGACAAGGCCAUCGAGUUUGGCGCGUCCGAGUUCCACGUCACCAGCGGCACGGACAGCCUGAAUAGCGAGGCCAAGGUGGAUGUGCUACUCGUCACGGCGGGCGGCGGGUCGGAUUUUACCAAAUUCCUUCCCAUCCUAUCUCCCGGAGCCAAGAUUUUCACCCUGGCCGCGAGCUUCGACCCGAUCCAGCUGUCGCCGAUUCAUCUCAACAUGAGCGGCCUCAGCAUCCACGGCUCGCUGAUCGCAUCCGUCGCCAGCGUGCAAGCCAUGCUGGCCUUUGCUGCCAAGCACGGAGUCAGGCCGCAGAUUGAGAAGUUCGCCAUGACACCGGAGGGCGUGACAGAGGCGAUGGAGAAGCUCAGGGAGGGCAAGAUGCGGUAUCGUGGUGUAUUAGUUGUGUAA